AUGGGCUCUCGUAUUAACGAUUCAUCAAGUGCGGUGCGGAAGAGGAUUGAGAACCAUGAAUUCCGCGACGAAACGGGCGAGGAGUACGAAGCUUCCAGCUUCGGCGGCUUUGGAGAUUAUAUGCGCCGCAAGAAAAUCAAGUUACAAAACCUAGAUGCGGAAAUUCGAGCCUCGUCGGGCGACUGCCCGCCCAUAUUUCGCGGGGUCGUCGCGCACGUCAAUGGCUACACGCAGCCCUCCCUCCAAGAUCUUCAUCGUCUGAUCGUUAGUCAUGGCGGUGGAUUCCUCCAGUAUCUAGAUAGCAAGACGAUUGCGACGCAUAUAAUCGCCAGCUCGUUGACUCUCAAAAAACGCGAGGAGUUCCGGCGGUAUCGCAUUGUGAAGCCUGCCUGGGUGACGGAAAGCAUUGCGGCCGGACGCUUGUUGCCUUGGGAUGAAUAUCGCGUGGUCGAUGAGGGUCAAGCACAAAAGGUACUGAAGUUUAAUCAGGGCCGCUUCACGAGUCAGGUCAAUUCUCCCCAGUCGACCUACCGAGACCAAUCCAGAUCAAGCUGGUACAAUUCGCAGAUUCAAGGAUUAAGCCCUGAAAUAUCCAAUACACCAACUAAAUUAGCGUCUCACCCUCCGCAACCAAAUCUCGAGCAAUGCAACCAUCCUUCUCAAUCCGACUACGGCGAUUUUCCGAGCUUCACUGCCACCAAUGAAGACAAUCCCCAGUCACCCGCAAAUAUUGACCAAGACUCAACUACCACGCCUCAGAAGCAAAGCUUGAUGGAUAAAGAUUUCCUUGAAGUUAUCCCGGGUCCUUCGCCUGAAACAACACGAGGCGACUUGAAGACCUCUUCGUCAACAAAACAACCCAGUUCUCUCGACCCACAAAUGACCUCUGAGGAGUACAACGCACAGUUGCUCUCUGACCCUCGGAUGCGCAAAUCAAGCGUUAGUAACCCUGAGUUUCUCCAACAAUACUACCGAGAGUCUCGGCUUCAUCACCUAUCAACCUGGAAAGCUGAGUUGAAGGCCCAGCUUCAAGCAGCUACCCGGGAGAAGACUCAGUCGCGGGUUCAUCCAAAGAGGCCUGUGCCUGGAGCCAGAAAAUAUAUUCUUCACGUUGACUUCGAUUCGUUCUUUGCGGCAGUUUCACUUCUCAAACAUCCAGAGCUCAAGGAGAAGCCAGUGGCUAUCGCCCAUGGACCCGGUUCUGGCUCUGAAAUCGCCAGUUGCAAUUAUGCAGCCCGUAGUCGUGGUGUCAAAAACGGGAUGUGGAUGAAAGGCGCUCUACAGACGUGUCCCGAGCUCCAGGUUCUACCUUACGAUUUUCCCGCGUACGAGGACGCCAGUCGCAAAUUCUACAGCUCAAUUCUAGCGAUCGAUGGCAUCGUUCAAAGUGUCAGCAUUGAUGAGGCGCUUAUUGAUGUCACUAGCCAAUGUUUGGAAGCUGGAGGGUCGGACGGCCGAGGCAUAUCCGAGGGGGCAUUCGCAGAUGAGAUAGCCCAAGGCCUUCGCGAUUCGAUCAAAGAAAAGACCGGAUGUGCAGUGUCUGUCGGAAUUGGCGGUAACAUUCUCUCAGCCAAGGUGGCUCUGAGGAAGGCAAAGCCAGCAGGGCAGUUCCAACUCAAGCCAGACGCCGUUCUGGAUUUCAUUGGAGAUCUCCUCGUUAAGGAUCUCCCGGGUGUUGGUUAUAGUCUCGGGGGCAAGAUGGAAGAGCUUGGGAUCAAAUUCGUCAAGGAUGUUCGAGAUCUGCCGAGGGACAGGCUGAUAUCCAGUCUAGGGCCAAAGACCGGGAUGAAGAUCUGGGAAUAUGCUCGAGGUAUCGACAAGACAGAGGUGGGCAAUGAAGUUCUCCGGAAGUCUGUAUCAGCGGAAGUCAACUGGGGCAUUCGGUUCAUCAAUCAAGAGCAGGCAGAUGAAUUCGUCAAGUCUCUGUGCGAAGAACUGAACCGCAGGCUCGUUGAAAACCUUGUCAAGGGCAAGCAACUUACGCUCAAGGUCAUGCGAAGGUCAACAGAUGCUCCCCUGGAACCAGUCAAGCAUCUCGGCCACGGCAAGUGUGACAUAUUCAACAAGAGUGUUGUUAUCGGCGUAGCCACCAAUGCGCCCGAUGUCUUGGGAAAAGAGGCUGUCUCGAUGUUGCGAAGUUUCAACUUCUCCCCGGGUGAUCUGAGAGGUCUCGGGGUUCAGAUGACAAAACUCGAGCCGCUCAAGACUGGGCCUUCUGCAAAUCUCGAAAGCAGUCAGCGGCAGCUCAACUUCCAGACAUCACCCGCACGCAAAAAGCCAGUCGUCAAAACUGAUCCAGAUGAAUUGGAGAGCCCUCAGAAGGGUGAAGUCGAGAGGAUCCAAGUCGAUCCGGUUCUCAGCAACAGUGCGCACAAGCCGUUGAACAUGUCCGGGUCUCAAUUCAUCAUGCCGACCCAGGCAGAUCCUCAAGUUGUCUCCGAGCUUCCCGGGGAUAUCAGAUCAAGACUUGUCGCUCAGGCAAAACCUCGACAGGCGUCACGCUCCGGGUCUCCGUGUCCGCCUCCGCGCCUACGAGAAUCGGCCGCGGCUAAUCUGCCUCCUCAGUCUCAGCUUGACCCAGACACUUUGGCCGCGCUACCUGAUGAUGUUCGGAGCGAAGUUCUCGGCUACUAUAACCAGCAGCCAGCCACAAAUGCCUCCAUGGCACCACCACCACCCGAGCUUCCAGCACAUAUAUCUCGUCCAACAUCUUCCGGUGGACUCAGAUUAAAAAGACCAGCUUCACCGAGGAAGAGACGCGGGCGGCCUCCGAAAUCCGCCUCCGGUGCCAAUAGCCAUUUAAAGCAGUCCAGCUUUGCAUUCCCGCGGGCUUCUGCUGCUACCAACACUGGUACUGCCGCCGUGGCAGCGAGAUCGACCAGCCGGGAAACAUCCCGAGGACCAUCUCCGGCCGCUGAAGAGCCACCCGAGAUCUCCGAGGUCUCAGCCGAUUUCUUGGAUGCACUGCCUGAGGACAUUCGACAGGAGGUCCUAGAGGAGCAAAAGCGAACACGCAUGCUGCAGCGCCCUCGCAGCUCCGCCUCGGAACCAGCCAGGCCACCCUCUCACCCACAAGAUCCAACGACAGCUUCUGUUUCUGCUCCCACUCAUCCUGCUCCGGAGGAGAAACGACUGCCUCUUCCUCCCCAGCCCGAGCGCCCUGUUUUCACUUCCCAGCGUCUAUCAGCCUUGCCAGAUCUACGGGACGCAAUCACUGCGUGGCAUUCCGCAUUUGCGGCAGACGGCCCUUACGGCGAGGACGUCCAGGUAAUCUGUACAUAUAUACGACGCGUCACUGCAGAAGAGAGGGAUAUCGACAAAGCCGUCUCCAUGGUGCGAUGGUUGAUGUGGCUUGUCAGCGAGGAUACCUCUCAAGGGGAGCUGACGGAGGCUCAACCUCCGAAGUCUGGACAGGGUGAUGCUGUAACUUGGGCCGAUGCGAUUCGAACGAUGCAGCUUAGUGUACAGGAUGCUUUGGCGGGGAGGGGACUACCACCUGUGGAUUUUGAAUAA